UCUUCAUACUUAUCUCUCACUUUCACCUUCGCUUUUCCCUUUUCCCUUUUCCUUCUUUUACACUCUCUCUUUUCUUUCUCUCUCUUAAAAAAGAUCCUAGAGAGAGAAAGUGAGAAAUAAAGGGUUUCCGUUUCGAUUUCUUCAUCAUCACGACCACCGAAGCAAACACUGUUCCUAGAUCUCUUUCUCCCUUUCUCUUCUUUUUCUUCAUUCGGAAUCCCUAGAAUUUUUUCGAAUUUCAAAUUUUCAGAAUUUCGAUUCAUCGAUGGGGCAGAAUCAGAGGUCGCUGAUCUACGCUUUCGUUUCUCGCGGGACCGUGAUUCUCGCCGAGUACACUGAAUUCUCAGGGAACUUCAACUCCAUCGCUUUCCAGUGCCUUCAGAAGCUACCCGCUACCAACAACAAGUUCACCUACAACUGCGAUAAUCACACCUUCAAUUACCUUGUUGACAAUGGAUACACAUAUUGCGUUGUUGCGGAUGAAUCAGUCGGAAGACAGGUACCCAUUGCUUUCCUGGAGAGGAUCAAGGAUGAUUUUGUGUCUAGAUUUGGUGGUGGAAAGGCUGCUACAGCUCCUGCAAAUGGUCUUAGCAAGGAAUUUGGCCCAAAGUUGAAGGAACAUAUGCAGUACUGUGUGGAUCAUCCUGAAGAGAUAAGUAAGCUGGCAAAGGUGAAAGCUCAGGUUUCUGAAGUUAAAGGUGUCAUGAUGGAGAAUAUUGAAAAGGUUCUGGACAGGGGUGAAAAGAUAGAGCUGCUGGUUGACAAGACUGAGAACCUUCAUCACCAGGCACAAGAUUUCAGGACUCAGGAACCAAAAUCCGUCGAAAAAUGUGGCUGCAGAAUGAAGAUAAAGCUGAUUGUAUUGGGAAUCUUGAUAGCACUGAUCCUGAUCAUUGUUCUGUCUGUGUGUCGUGGGUUCAGUCACUGUGGAAAAUGAGCACCAUAUUCUCUGAGGACGCAUUUUGUGUUUAUUUUAGCUUCUUGUGAUUAUGAGAGGAAAGAUAUCACUAUAUGUCAUGACUUUGUAUGUAGUAAAGAUAACAAUUCGGUAUGCUGUUCACGUUGUUCUACUUAUAUAGGAUUGCUUUUGAAAAUAUAAGUUUGGUUUUCUGUUCAA